UGACAGUUUUGUAGGGCAGGCUUUUGCUAAGAGGUGGUGGACGCAAGUGAAGGAAAGAUAUAGGCAGAAAGAAAGUGGUAAUAAAGAGAAGGGUAACGGUGCAAAGAAGUAAAGAGAAGAGACAUAAGGAAAGGAGUUACAGGGAAAAAGAGAGCAACAGAAGCAACACUAGGUUGACGUGUCAUCAUGACAACAGAGGUGGGCUCUGAGACAGAGGUGAAGGAGAAAGCCGAGGAGUCAGCCGCUCAGCCGGACCAAUCAGAGAAGGCCAGGGAAGAAACCCAGGAAGUAGCGAACGCUGAGGGAGAGGAGAAGGAGAAAGAGAAGGAGAAGGAGAAAGAGGGGAAAGAGGGAAAAGGAAUAUCUCGAUACCUGCCAACAUGGCUUAAGAAGCAGAAGUCUCUCCAGACCUCCCCAACCAAGGAGGUCUCAUCCACAGAGGAAGCCGUUAACAAGGUGACACAGGAAGAAGAGGGGCCUGCCCCAGAAGUGAACGGCCACGCAGAGGAAGUGGAAGAGAAAGAGGCAGUGAGGUCUGAGCAAGUGAAGGAAAAAGAAGCAGAAUCUCACUCCAACGCCAGCGCCGACACUGAGCCUGCCAAGGAAGAGAAGGUGGAAGAGAGUGCUGAGAAAAGUCCUGAGGUGACAACAGAGGGAGAAGGAGCAGAGGAGCAGAAGAAGGAGCAGGAAGGAGAGGUGGAAGGUGUAGAGGAGGGAGAAGGAGAAGGACAGACCUCCAUUUUCCAGUCUCCUCUUCGCUUGGUUAGGAAGACCAAGAUGAAACUGGUGGUGUGUCACGUGAACCUCCUGGACGGGACUGACUUCAGCUGUGAGGUGGAGAAACGUGCUAAGGGUCAGUACUUAUUCUUCAAGGUGUGUGAGCACCUCAAUCUACUGGAGAAAGACUACUUUGGUCUGACGUACACGGACAGCCAUGAACAGACGUGUUGGUUGGAUCCAACGAAGGAUAUCAAGAGACAGAUACGCAGUAACAACUGGCAGUUUGCAUUCAAUGUCAAGUUCUACCCUCCAGACCCCUCACUGCUCACCGAAGACAUUACCAGGUACCUGUUGUGUCUGCAGCUUCGUGAAGAUGUGGCUUCUGGACGACUGCCCUGCUCAUUUGUUACUCACGCUCUGCUGGGGUCAUACACACUGCAGGCAGAAUUUGGCGACUAUGAACCCGACCAGCCUCGGCCUCAUGACUACAUUAGUCAGCGGACCUUUGCGCCGAAUCAGAACAAAGAGAUGGAGGAGAAGAUUCUUGAACUCCACAAGUCUCACAGGGGAAUGACACCAGCACAGGCCGACACCCAGUUUCUAGAAAAUGCCAAGAAACUGUCCAUGUAUGGGGUGGACCUGCACCAUGCUAAGGAUUCUGAGGGCGUGGACAUCAUGCUAGGUGUGUGUGCCAACGGACUCCUGGUUUACAAAGACAGACUCCGGAUAAAUCGUUUUGCUUGGCCCAAAAUACUCAAGAUUUCAUACAAAAGGAACAACUUCUACAUUAAGAUCCGACCAGGAGAGACGGAGCAGUUUGAGAGCACAGUGGGAUUCAAACUCCAGAAUCAUCGAUCUGCCAAAAGACUGUGGAAAGUCUGUGUGGAGAAUCACAGUUUCUUCAGGUUAAACGCACCAGAACCUCCCACCAAGGCCCGCUUCUUGACUCUGGGCUCUAAGUUCCGUUACAGCGGGCGAACCCAGGCCCAGACCCGUGUGGCCAGCUCCCUCAUAGACCGACCUGCACCCAACUUUGAACGCACCUCGUCCAAACGUAUCAGCCGCAGUCUGGAUGGAGCACCAGUGAUCAGCAUAACUGAGGCCGGCAGGGAUACAGCUGAGAACGGACGUGAGCUCCACUCUGACUCUAAGGUUAAGGAGGCGGACUUAAGCCCUGGUGAUGCGGAAGUCACGCCCACCCAGUCUCUCGGAGCCAGUGAGCUUGCCCCCUCUCAGGACCAUGAUAAGACCCAAGAAGAAGUUCUGAAACAUCAAGCUAGCAUUAGCCAGCUAAAACGCUCCUUUAUGGAGGCGCCACCUCCCUCUCCUCCUCAGCCCAACCAGUGGGAGAAACGUCUCACCUCCUCUCCCGCUACAACGAUACGUAUUCAACAGCAACAAGUGGUGAAUGAGCCCCAGACAGAAGCAGCCGCCGAUGAUAACGCGAUCUCUGAUACCAAAGAACCUGCAAAGACAACCGAAGUUGAAAUUGAAGAAACCGUUGUCGUCCAAGAGGUUUCCAAAGCACCCAAACCUGGACUUGUCACAGUUACAAUCAGCUCCCCUGAAGAGCAGGAAACAAGGGAGCAGGAAGUGAAAGUCGAAGAGAAAGUAGAGGUGGCAGAGGAAGCAAAAGCAGCAAAGCAGGAGAGCAUCUCAUCUGAGAGUGAGAGUGAAGAAGAAGCGGAGUACCAUCCAAAUGUCUCCGUAUCCAUCUCUCACACUCAAAUACCAGAAGAGAAAGAAGAAGAUGAAGAGAAGGAAAAGAAAGAAGAGGAUAAUACGGUGGAGCAUGACAUGCCUGCUCCAGAAGCUCCUUCUCUUCCAGCUGAAAUCAGCCAACCCGUAGAGGCAACCAUUCAAGAGGGAGAGGAGUCUAGGAAAGAGGAUGCAGGGGCAGAGAAGAAGAACGCAGAGGAGGAGAAUGAUGGCGAAAGGGAGACGGAGGAAAGCACAGAUGAUCCGAUGAUAACACCCGAUGAAGCUCCUAACGGUUUCACCCUGCCUGAGGAAAGCGUGACUGCUGUGGCUCCCCCUGAAGAGGAAGAGCCUAAAAUGAACGGAGAGGCCUCUUUGGUUGAAGCAGAACCACGGCCGCAGGUUAUUUGUUGCUCUGAGCCACCUGUGGUAAAGACAGAAAUGGUGACUAUAUCAGACACGUUUGCAGCCCAGAAAACUGAGAUAGCCACAAAAGAAGUGCCCAUCGUACAUACGGAAACCAAGACCAUCACAUACGAAGCCGCACAGUUGGAUGGUAAUGGUGAUGGCGAACCUGGAGUGUUGAUGACUGCUCAGACAAUCACCUCUGAAUCUCUGUGUACUACUACAACCACACACAUUACCAAGACGUUAAAAGGUGGCCUAUCGGAGACAAGGAUUGAGAAACGCAUCGUCAUUACUGGCGACUGUGACAUCGACCACGAUGAGGCUCUGGCCCAGGCCAUUAAGGAGGCCAAAGAGCAACAUCCUGACAUGUCUGUAACCAGAGUGGUGGUUCAUAAAGAAACUGAACUGGCUGAGGAGGAGGAUUGACUGAACUCAGAGCUGAAGGGCCCAUCGUGACUGUUUUCUCUUUUGACGUUGAACGACCUCCAUCACCCUACGACGACCAACCUAGACUGACUGAAGAGGAGGAGGAGAAGAAAUGGAGCUGAAAAACAGGAGGGGAAAGGGUAGACGAAUGGAGAGAAGUUGCCAAUCUCUUCCCAGUCGGCCUCUCUCACAUGUCUGUGGUGCAUCUAAAUCCCUCACUCCAAAACCAAGAAAAAUAAAAAUAAUAUCCUCACUCUUUUCUGAGGGAACAAAAAAGAACCACUUUGUUAGCUUAACAAUUGUAGUGUGUUUUUAUUUUUUAAUAGUGCUUUUUUUUUUUUCUUUAACUGUUUUACAAAAAGAGACAAGAUAGUAUCUGUCAUACAUUGCAAAAAUAAAAGCUGUAGGGAUGCACUGAAAACCAAUCCUGAUGAGAUACAAUGCUAAAAAAGGAUUAUUGUAUCACCGUACUGAUUAUUUCACCAGUAAAAGUGACCUUCAGUAACACUCAAAAGUCAAAGCAAAUUCUGCUUUUCUUCAUACAUAAGAAGAUACUGGCGAUUUUACAUAGAGAAAGUUUCUCUUAGGUGACUAAAAGGACACUGAAAUGUUGUACUUGGAAUUGGUAUCUGCAGUAGAAAAGUGGUAUUGGUGCAUUCCUAAAACAAAAAAAAGAAGUCAUUUGUUAAAUUACAGCUCCCUCCCUCAGUUCAUUAUGAUAUAAAUGGAUAGUAACAUAUAAUAUAACACAGUAAUUUCGACAUUUUUACAGUAACAAGCAGCACUGCAGGAAACCGGGAGACACUUCUGACCUUUACAGUCGGAUGAAUGGUAGAGCCAGCUGUGUCACAUUUUGUUACUAAUGACUGCAGAAAACAGGGAGCUGUAACUUAAAAUAUUGCAGUAAAAAAGCAAUCAACCAGGUUUAUGAAUUUUUAUGAUUCUGUCUUUUUUUCUCUGUAAGUAUAGUUAAUAUUCAUCCACAUUCCUUGUGUGUGACUAGCGGCUGAGUGAGUUUCAUGUUCAGUUCAAUUCACUUUUUACUCUAAGAGGAGAAGGCAUUUUACUAUUUACAGUAGGUGGGGAUGAAAGGAAUCUUAAUGGGGUCAGUGACAUUAAUUAAGCUCCAGAAGCCAAAUGAUGCAGGUGGAAUUAAUUCCUUGUGAUAUAUUUGUAGCUUUUACUGUAUUUUGAGUUUUUACUACAUGGAAAUUGAACUGAAAAUGAACUGACUUUAAAGUUAGUGUAUACGACUUUCUGUACAGUACAAAUGAAGGUUAUUAGUUGGGAGCAGUAAUGCGGCUUUUCAUUAGCUAAACGCUCUCCCUGGGCCCGCCCACUGUACGACACUAGCCAUUCCUAUUGGGCCACAGGGAAGCAAGGUAGCAGACUUUUUGAUUGGGAGAGAGGACCAGUAAACUGAACGAUAAUUGGGAGACAGAGGUGGCACUCUGCGGUGCCAACUAACAACUUGGGAGUGAAAAAGGUUUUGAACGUUGAUGCUUGUUGGCCUUAGUAUACGACAAGGGCAAGUUUCACUCCUUUAACUUUACAUCCUGCAGUCAGUUAAAGACGUUUUAAUAUUUUUAGGACAAUGCUAUUGAAAAAAGAGUUGUGCUACAACCAGCACAGGUACCAGAAUGAGGACAUACAGUCGGAAACAACUUGAAACCAGAAUUCAGAUUAAUGGAAUUUUUGAGUUUGCUAACUCUGCAUCAGCCUGUGUGUCGUCGUAGUUCAGCACUUAAUUUCACUCCCAGCUUCGUUUCAUUUCCAGACUAGAUGAUACAGACGAAACCUGCUAGAUAUGGCGAGAUCUGGGAUUAAAUUCAGCAUGUCUUCACACAGUUUUAUCUUGGAAGAGUAUUUUGAGCGAGUCUAGAUAGAAGGCUACUGUGUUGAUUGUUUUGAGAGUGUGUAGAUAACAGAUAAUCUUGGCUCAUACAGUACGUCUAGAUAAGGUUGUCUCUGACCUUAUGCUGGCUGUGUUGCAACAGUUUCAACACCACCAAAUAUUCUUUGGCAUUACCACGCAAAAAACAUAAAACACAUCUGACAGUACACUACAAACCGACAUGGAAACGGUUACAACCUAACGGUAAAAUGCAGCUUAAAGGGAAGUGUAUCCGAGGGUUUGAAGUGCUCUUGAAACCCCUAAAGGACAUAAUGUUUUAUUCAUUUUCUGUGUUUACCCAGAUGUUCAGCAGAACUACACAAAAAUGUGACUUUGUGUAAAUAUCGGUGGCAUUAGAUUGGUUAGAUAAAGGUGUUUGGACUAAUGCAUUUAGUUGACACAGAAAAACCUAUUACUGGAAAUUCAACUGAUUGUAAGCAAAGAAGUGCCACAGAUGAAUAUAAAAACAUUCCACCUGUACCUGCCUAGAUUAGUCUGAACCCUCCAGUAUGACUGAAGUCAACAGAAUGAUUUAUAGAAGGAGCGAUGAUGACUGUCUAGGCUUUUUUUAUUGGGAAACACUGGUCUGACCUCUACUAUGCAGAUAAAUGACAUUCCAGAUAAGGGGGAAGCUUUAACCUCUAACCCUCUUGCAAAGAGACAAAGCAGGACAAAAAAAAAAAAAGCAUUUAAAAAAUACAAACGACUAGGCAGCUUUGGAGGCUUUCGCUGUUCCAAAAAACAUAAAACAAUCUUUUAAAAAAGCAUCAGUUAUAUCACAAUAGCUAUAUUUGUAGAUUUGCUCAGAAUUUGUUGUCUUUUGUCUGUGAUCUAGUUGUUGAAAGGCGGGAUUUAUUGCGUGCCCUGUUGCAUAUUUUAAUAUUGUCACAGUGUUUUUUGACAUUGAUGGAUCACCACUACAAAUCAAAAUUUCUGCCACCAUUUUUUUUUUUUGUACUUGUAUUCCCCAGGUCUCUUUUCCCAGGGGGCUCUGGGCUCUGUUUUAACCAAUCACAGGAGCUUUGGGGGGACUGUGACGUCUGGUUUUCCAAAACAAAAUAUAUUUAUUUGAGGUUACUCAAUCACAAAUUAUAUGUCUUGCCAUCAUCAACUUUUAAGAAAAUAACUCCAGCACACACAGAGUUGGAUUGUUGUUCUGUGGUUACCACGGCAACUCCAUAAUGUCGCUCCAAGCAACUGAUGAUGAUUCUACGCCAGCAGAGUUUAAAACUGUCAGGGAUCUCAACAUGGCAACAUUAUGGAGGGCAGCGUUACACAGAAAAAGCAACUAAAUAAAUAAAAAUACUGCCAGUAGAUUUAAUCUAAUUCAUACAAUAACAUCUCUUUCUAUAUGAGGCUGAUGAGAUUAUAAUUGGACUACAUGCUUUACAGUUGUAUCUCAGGCUUUGUACCACACUUUGGACAUAUUUGGAAUUGAUACCAGCACAAUUUUGUAUUUUAAUGUUUUAAAAUUCACUUGCAACAAAACUUUGUAAACAGAUUUUGGAAAACCAACCACAGCUGCCUCAUCGUUCCCUCUUAGCCAACCAAUGAUCACCGGUAGGGUUUUUCUAUCUAGCAGCUUAAAUGUCUCGUGUCUCCCCACACGCAGCCACUCCUCCCCUGUGUAACACUGUUUAAAUAAAGGAUUGUUAUACUCUGAAA